UUGAUUUGUGUUUCAGAGUAGAACUGCACUCUAUAGGGUUUUCAAUGACUGUGACCUUUUGGAAGUAGAUUGCCAGGCCUGUCUUCCAAGGCACCUCUGGGUGCAUUCUAACUGCCCACCUUUUGGCUAGUAGUUGAGCCUUUAACCAUUUACCACACCCAGGGACUCCUCAAGGGUGCUGAGUAAUAUUCCAUUGUAUGCAUAUACCACGUUUUGUUUAUCCAUUCAUCUGUUAGUGGGCACUUGGGUUUUUUCCACUUCUUGGCUAUUGUGAACGAAGAUGCAAUGAACUUGAGUGUGCAAGUAUUUCUUUAAGUCCUUGUACUUUAUUUAUUCACUGUCUGUCUCUCUCCUCCCCCUAGAAUGGAAGCCCCACAAGAGCAGGCAUCUUUGUUCUGAUCAAGGCUGCUUCUCUGGUGCCUAAAACAGUGCUCAGCACAUAGCUGCCACUCUGUAAAUGUUGAAUGACUAAGUGUCUGUCAGCCCUCAGGUCUAAAUCCUGUGCCCUGGAAAGUAGUCAGGACCCUGGAACUGGAGGAGAAGGAGACGGUGAGAGGCUUUGUCCUGCCUCUAAAGCCUGUCUCAGAAGCUCUACCUCUUGGGGAAAUGCAGAGUCUUGGGCCUGAGCAGCUGCGGGGGCUGCUGGAGCCUGAGAAGGCCAAAACACUUCUGCCUUGUGAGAGCCGAACCUGGGAGAAGCCGCCCCAUUCUACCUUCACCAGAGAAUGGGAGGCUGUGGAUGUUGGGGCCACCAGCUGUGACAGUGAUGAGAAAGACCUGUCUUCUCAAGAGACUGCACUUUCCCAGGAGUGGAGCUCAAUGGAUGACGAGGAUGAGUCAGAAGACUCUCAGGUAGGUUGGGGUUUUAUUCCUCUUUUGUCAAAUAUUCCACCUUGCAGAUCUCAGUGGGUUGUCACAUUUCCUUCCUCAGCUUGGAAUUUCUUGCCCCACAAAGGCCUGAUCAGGGAUAUGAGUCCCAAGUGGUCUUCCCUGCGGAACAGGACAAAUUCCUAUUGUAGUCAGACAUGGAGGAGAGGGUCUCCAUGUGGUGUGUGUAAUUCUAACCUUGGAUGUGGGUGCCGAGAGAAAGAGGGGGUCAAAGAUGUUGCAGUUAGAGGUGUGGAAGAGUGAGGAGAAGUGAUGUGGGGAAAACUGUAGGAGGAGCAGGAGUAUUAGGAUAUCAAGGAGCCCUUGUGGUGCAACGUUUAAGUUCGUGGCUGCUGACUGAAAGGUUGGCAGUUCAAACCCGCCAACCGCUCUGUGGGAGAAAAGACCUGGUGGUCUGCUUCUGUAAAGAUUACAGCCUAGGAAAUCCUAUGGGGCGGUUUUACUGUGUCAUAUAGGGUCCCUAUGAGUCUAAAUUGACUUGAUGGCAUACAACAACAAUUAGGAUAUCUGUAUGGGACAUGUAAAGUUUAAGAUGACCAUUAGAUAUCCAAGUAGAGGUGGCAAGGAGACAGGUAAGUACAUCGGGAGCUCAAGAGAGAUAUUGGAUCAAGAAGCACACACACGUGUGUUUGUGCAUUUGGGGGUCAUUAGAGUAUAGAAGGUAUCAGUCUGUUUCCAUAAAGGUUUAUGGCCUUGAAAACACUAUGGAGUGGUUCUACUCUGUCCUAUAGGGUGACUAUGAGUUGGAAUUAACUCAAUGACAAUUUUUGUUUGUUUGUUUUAGUCCAUAGGAAUGUUAUUUACUUUCGUGUAUUUAUCUUAUAUCUAGUUACUUCGUUGUAUAGUUUUUAAUUCAAACAGCUUUUCAGUUGAUAAGCUAAUUCCCAAUUAUAUCAUUCCAUUUUCCUGCAAAUAACAAUGGUGGCUCCUUUCUUUCCAAUAGUUAUACUUUUUUUCUCCU